AUGCGCGGAGACACGGUGUUGGAGCUCUGUGGGGUCUCGACGGAGUCUUGCAGCUUUUGUGACGCAUAUGAGCUCACUCGACGGAGAUCUACCAUGCGUUGCGUCUCUCAAUGGAUCCGCAAAUUCUGUGGGAAUUCAUCUGCGACAGAGGUUGAGGAAUACGGUUUCAAUGAGCUGUGGAAGAAAUAUGAGGGCUGCUCUAUGGAUAUGCUAGAGAGUAUCGUUGAGGACCUCUCCAGUAUGGAGGACGCGAAGCGAGUCAUCGUGAUUCGAGACCCGAUGGCAUGUAUGCGAACUGUAGAUGAUGCUGCUGCUGUGGCCUCGGGGGGUGACGCUGAUGUAGAUGGAGAUGAUGAAGAUUGGGGGGAAGAACAGUCGCUGGCUCGUAAAUCACUGGACUCAACGCUCGGCCUAGUUUUGUGGCUCGCUAGGAGUGUUCCUAUAGGAGUGAGAAUCGUCCUGUUGGUGCCUUCUGGAGCUACCACGGACAUGUUCGGAGAGUUCUGCGGAGUCAUGCGUCUGACUGUUGGAGAGGUCCGUGAUCUCUCUGGUUCUACCAGUGAGCUGCCGAUAAAUCCUUCCGGACCAUUGGUGGGGUUACUUGCUCAUCAUCGAGCCAGUCGUAGCUUGCCCCAUACCCGAGGCGGUCUGAUAUGUGUCAGUGGCCCUAGUGGCAGUGGGAAGACGGACGAGUUGAGGAGGCUGAGAGCGUCUGUGUCCUCUGGGAAAGCUAUUGAAGUACGCAUCGCGGACGUUGUGGCUGCAGAACUGGGUGAAUCUCAAAGGCGACUACGCAAGAUUUAUAGCGAACUAGCCUCUUGUUCGCGGUUCUCUCCGACUGUUCCGGCGGUCGCGAUGUUCGAUGAUUGCGAUUUGUGGGUGACUAGCGCUGGAAGAGUGAUGGGGGAGAUCCUCUCGCAAUGGACUGCUCUGCUUGAUGUGCACAAGGAGGAUGUUUGGACGGUGAGUUUCUUGGCCAACCGAGUGACUGAUGAUCGUAUUGAGAACUUCGGUCAAGCUAAGCGCACCUUGCAGAAGAGACUUUCGGAAUUCUCGGAAUCCCCUCAAGAUGAGGAUAUCAGGAAUGAGUUUAAGUCAGAGGCAUCGCCUGCUAAGAAGGCCAAGAAGGAUAUUCCGGAAGGCGUUCCUAAGAGUGUCUAUAGACAAAUGAAGGAGUUCUUGCCCACUUUUGAUGCGCAUGUAUCCAAGGUUGAGAAGAUCUUUGAUCUCAGUCGGGAGCUAUUCACGAAGGAACUGCUUAGCAAGGCGGAUGUGCAGAAGAGCGAUCUGGCGUGGGAGUUAUGCGAGUGGUUGAAGCAGGGAGCCCGAGUUGGUCAUAAGUGUACGAAGCCGAAUAUGGAUCCUGUGUUCUCUUCCCGAAUCAUCCUUGACCUUGGCCGACAGUUUACGACUUGCCCUGUAGCCACCCGCACAUACAAGGUCCACGACUUCGCCUCGCGUCUUGUCAUCGUUAUCGGUCUCCUUCGCCUCUUCCAGUUACGUCGAGAGAAUCGUCUCUCAUUCGAUGAGACCAACACUUGGGGAGUUCCCGUCCCGCUCGCAAACUCCCUGUGGUACAUCUUCAACGGUGAGAACCCGAGCGUGAAGAGAAUGUCUGUGACCAGCAACUACAAGCUCUGCUGCUACUUGAUUAUCUCGAUACUGGCACUAGCACAGGCUCCGGCUUGGUCGUUCGAGUUCUGUCACCUUUGCGAGGACGUCCCCACUAUGAAGGAUAAGGAGCUCUUCCAGACUCUGUGCUUCUGUGGCAUCAAGGUGUCGGGAGGGAUGGAGAAGCUUCGAGGGAAGUUGACGGCACCGUUACGCCCGAUAAUGUUGAAUCAAGGUGGGGCUAGACGGAGGCCUUGA